CCACCAUUCUUGUUUUCUCUCUCUUCUUUCUCUCUCAUCUCCUCAAACUAGCACACAAUUUUUGAUGUAUUGUUUAGUCACAUUUCACAAGUGAUAUCUUCUUGUCUCUCCUUUUCUCUCCAUUCAGUUACCUAGGUUUUACUUUAUCAUCAAUAAUCAGCUGUCUGAAAAACCCUUUUUAACCACCCUCCCACCAGUUUAAAUUUGGUAGGUUUUUUCUUCAGUCAUUACCUUCUCAACUUUUCUUGCUCAUAACUUUCAAUCUGCUGCUACUAAGUAUUUAUACAUAUAUAUGCUCCUUUCUCAUCAUCAUCAUCAUUUUCCUACCCUCUGAUUCCAUCAUCAUCAUGACUGAUCCUUACUCCAAUUACUUCAACAAUGGAUACAGCUGGUUCAAUCUCAACCACUUCAACCCACCCUCUUCUUCUUCUUCUUCUUCUUCGUCUUCCAUCCCAUCAUCUUACAGUCCCUACUACAACUUCAACUUUCUCACCAACUCAAAUUCUUUGUUUUUCACACAUGACUAUGAAUCCUCACCGCCAUCCCCACCACUGAAAGAGGCUCUCCCUCUCCUGAGUUUGACCCCCAUAAGGGAUCAAGAAUCAUCAUCUGCCGCUGCUAUGGAGGUGGACAAGAACAUGGUGAUGAUGAAACUCAGUGCUACUGAAGAAGAAGAAGAUCAAGAUCAAGAUCAAGAAGAAGAAGAUGAGAGUUUGAGUGUAACUCUAAAUUUAGGGCUUUCAACUCCUUGCAGUUUUCCAGCUGAUUCUGAUCUGAUCUUAUCAUCAAGGCCCUCUUCCUCCACAGAUACUGGGAAUAAUUACAGUAAUAAUAAAGAAGAAUUAGUUACUGUUGCUAGCAGUGGAUAUCCCAUCAGUCCUCUCAACAAGGGUCAGUAUUGGAUCCCAACACCGGCCCAGAUUUUGAUUGGCCCGACCCAGUUUUCUUGCCCGCUUUGCUUCAAGACCUUCAACAGAUACAAUAACAUGCAGAUGCAUAUGUGGGGGCAUGGAUCUCAGUACAGAAAAGGGCCAGAAUCUCUACGAGGAACCCAGCCAACAGCCAUGCUGAGGCUUCCUUGCUACUGCUGCGCGCCCGGCUGCCGGAAUAACAUUGACCACCCAAGAGCCAAACCCCUCAAAGAUUUCAGAACCCUCCAAACCCACUACAAAAGGAAGCAUGGAAUAAAGCCAUUCAUGUGCAGGAAGUGCGGCAAGGCUUUCGCAGUGAGGGGUGAUUGGAGAACCCAUGAGAAGAACUGCGGGAAGCUCUGGUACUGCACUUGUGGCUCUGAUUUCAAGCACAAGAGAUCGCUCAAGGACCACAUCAAGGCCUUCGGCAACGGGCAUUCGGCUUAUGGGAUCGAUUGCUUUGAUCAGGAAGAGGAUGAACCCGCCUCCGAGAUUGAGCAGGAUAAUGAGUCUUCUCAGUAGAAGAACUCAUCAGGUGUCUUAGCAGUCAGCUAAGGGCUGGGAGUGUGGAGAUUUGACAUGGUUUUUUAUCAGUUUAGAGAGAGGGAAAUGAUCAGUAUGAUCAGAGGAGCUAUUUUUCUUUCACUGUUUGCUGAUUUCUUGUGCUCCUUUGACUCAGUACUUCUACAGUAUCAGUAAUUAGUAUUAAUGUUCCUUUAUGAAAUGCUUCAUCAAUUUUCCCUUUA